AUAAUACAUUAAGAUAAUAAGAACGUGACGUUGUGUACUGUGAAAUAAGGUCGGAUGAAACUGCAUUGCGUAUAAGAAGAAAACAAAGUAAAAAAGAAAUCCAGCGCAUGCUGUUAGUACAAAAUGUACCUACUUUUUACGGAAAUCUUUGUGUAUAGGAGACCGUUCAUUCAACCUUUUUGAUAUUACAUUCUACUUUGCGCGAGGACAAUAGAAAAUAUGCACAUUCAUAUACAUCCGUAAUGCGCUGUUUCCUGUCGCCAGUUAUCGAUUACAGUGUCUUUGGUGCGUGGUGGGGGUCGUGUCUCGUUGCUUUAGUUGUUCAAGGCCCGUAGAGAUAAGGAAGCAGCUGAGAGCUGACAUUUGUUUGUUUAUCAGUGCUGAAGUGUCAGUUUACCCGUAAACAUGGUGCGUCCGGGAACGUAUUCACCGCUGAAAGAUAAAAAUAACAUUGCUCUCACGAAGAAAAUGAAGCCAGUGAUAGAAGAUGCUUCGAGUGUGGAUGCCAAUGGCCUGGAUGGAGGUUGCGACGAUGCUGUCGCAGAGGAGGGGGACCUUGAGCUGUGGGACUCUCGGUACAUGCUCCGCGGGGACCAGCACAGUGCGGAUGGAGCCUUUGGUAACUCCAGGUGGGGUCCCCGCGGUUGGUGCAGACCUUCCUGCAUUCCUAUCACCAUCAUCCUUAUCCUCAUAGUACUGGUUGUGCUGCUGCCUCUUCUAGACCACCAGAAUAAUCACCAUGGAAAAGGUAGCAGCUCAUCUAACUCGUCUGUCUGUGAAGACUCCUGUAGGUUCACUCUAGUGGAAAGUAUACCAGAAGGACUAACCUACCCUCCUGGUUCAACGCCUCACCCGUCUACAUAUCAAACUUGGAUGACAAUGAUAGAGAAUGCUGAAAAUUCAAUAGAAAUUGCCUCAUUUUACUGGACUUUAAGAGGAUCGGACAUCUAUAAACACCCUUCGGCAUGGCAGGGAGAAGAUGUGUUCAAAGCUCUAAUGGAAGCAGGUGCUAAUAGAAGUAUUACUCUGAGGAUUGCACAAAAUUUUCCAAAUCCAAAACAGCCAAACUUGGACACUGAAGAUCUCGUAAGGCAUGGAGCUGCUGAGGUGCGAAGUGUUAACUUCCCUCGUCUUGUGGGCGGUGGUGUGCUGCAUACUAAACUUUGGAUUGUGGACCGGAAACAUGUGUACAUAGGUAGUGCAAACAUGGACUGGAGAUCACUUACACAGGUGAAAGAGCUUGGUGCGGCAAUCUACAACUGCAGUUGCUUAGCUGCCGACUUUGGGAAGAUCUUUGAUAUAUACUGGUUCCUGGGUUUACCAGAUUCUGAAAUCCCUGGUGAAUGGCCUGACAUUUUUGACACUGCAUACAAUAUCUUUCAUCCAAUGAAUGUCCCAUUUAAUGGCACAGAGGCACUCACUUAUGUUGGAAGUUCACCACCCUCUUUCUGCCCAGAUGGUCGUUCAACAGAUUUGUUAACUAUUCAGGAAGUCAUCAGAACAGCUGAAAAAUUUAUUUAUAUUUCUGUUAUGGAUUAUCUUCCACUCAUCAUUUAUGAACCAAAAGUACAGCUGUGGCAAGUCAUCGAUGACACUCUGAGAGAAGCUGCAGUCAAUCGCCGUGUGGAGAUAAGGUUGCUGAUCAGUGAGUGGAACAGCACGAAGCCGUCAAUGGAUUACUUCCUGCGAUCUCUGGCUGCCAUUAGCGGCUCUUACCAUGGUGUUACUGUUAGAGUGAAACACUUCAAGGUUUCGAGUACUGCUGAGCAAGCCAAAAUACCAUUUGCAAGAGUGAAUCACAACAAGUAUAUGGUGACUGACAACACAGCCUAUAUUGGUACAUCAAACUGGUCUGGUGAUUACUUCACAAAAACUGGUGGUGUCGGGCUUGUUGUGAGAGACAAUGCCACCGAAGCCUCUUCACCUGAAUCAAAGAGCAGCAUCCGUGGGCAGCUUCAGGCAAUAUUUGAAAGAGACUGGAGUUCUCGUUAUUCAACUCCAAUUAAUUUGUCUGAUUAAAAGGCCUUUAAUAAGGUCAAACUGAUUCUUUCAGUAAUGGAGAAAAAUACGCUGCCAGCUUCCUUCCAGUGCUUCAGAAUGUGAUGAGCUGCAUCUUGCAUAAAAGCUUAUUUAUAUUUAUCAUCAGUGUUGCCAGAGUGCAAAUUUGGGUGAUCGUCUUUCAUUUUUACCGUAAACCAACAGACCUCAACAAAUUAUUACAGACAAAAGCUCUUAUUACUUUAUACCACUUAUUAGGAUAUCUGAAUAAUAUAAGUAUUCUAGUUGUUAGCAGUUUUGGCCAUCUCAUGUGGGUCACAGUACCUGCGUCUGUGUCUCAGUUGCAACGAAACCAAAAUGCAAGCUAUAAUGGCACUCCCCUUUGAUUAUGGUAGAAAUGUUAAGUGUUGAUAACAGUGAAGCAUUUGUGAUAUUUUAAGUGUUGCAUAUAGAGAGGGUGAGUGAGUGAGGUGAGGUGAGUGAGUGAGUGUGUGUGUGUGUGUGUGUGUGUGUGUGUGUGUGUGUGUGUGUGUGUGUGUGUGUGUGUUUGUGUGUUUGUGUGUUUGUGUGUUUGUGUGUUUGUGUUGGGAGACGGGGGUGCUUGAAUAAUUGAAGUUCACUUCACGCUGUGAGACUAUACAGGUUAAUCUUCCUGCUUUCCUCUAAAAAUUGCCAGAGAUCAGUACGUGUGUGUGUGUGUGUGUGUGUGUGACUUCUGUUUGGUGGGUGAGAGGAGGGAGGAGUUGGCUACCCUACCAUUGUUUCCUCUCAUUUUGUGUGUUGUUGAGUAGUAUUUUUUAAUGCCAGCCAUAGCUGUGAUACCUUUACAUUAUAAUAUUUUGUAUGUUGAGUGCCACUGUUUAUUGCAGUGGUGGUGGUGUUCUUUUUAUCAAACUGCUUACAAUUAACUGGUUUAUAUUGUAAGUACUAUGUUGUACAGUCAUAGUGGGAAUGAUGUACAUUACGUGUGUUUAUAUUUGAAAUUUUUAUUUUUUCCACAUUGUGUUGCUGCUGUGCAGCAAUUCACUUUGCACUUGAGUCAGAAGCAUAGUUAUAAUUAUUUCUGACUCUUUUACUGUGACCAGAAUUAGUAAUUAAUUAUACUUCCUUUUUAUAUUUUUAACACUAUUUCAUAAAAUAAGAAUAUGUAGACAACAUUUUGUUUAAAUUCAUAGAUAAUUUGCAUUGUGAAGGUAAAUAUACUGCCACUCUGCUUGCUUAUUAUGAGCAACUUUUACAGCCUGAUUCAAAAUGGUGUUCAAUAAAUUAUAGUGUGCUAAUGUGUGAUUACUUGUCAAUGUGACAAGUCCGUGUCUGAAAUUAUGCUCCACAAACCACGAUGAGCUUUUCUUAAUUUUCAUAUUAACGUUAUGGGUACUUUCUGGCAAUAUUGUGGGAAGUUCUUGUCUGUUUACUAAAUUUAUGGUGUCAUGGUGCUUCGUUGAAAUCAAUUUAAAGUCUUAUGUUUUAAAUAUGAACUUUCUGCUAAUUAUUGCUAUUAAUUAAACUAGGACUAAAGUGUAAUCCAUAUAUGUGGUAACCUUCAUUAACACUUCGAACGACAGAAUAAGGUUUUUUUCACAUAACGAUGAAAUACAUAAUUUCUGGGGAUAACAAUGUAUAACCCUUCUCAAUUUAUUAUGUAUUUUUAAAUCUACCAAUAGAUAUGGGUUCCAAAUAUUCGCCAAAGAAUCUGGGGAAGAAGAAUUGUUAUACAUGAUAAUUCAAGUUGUUUAGCAAUGGCAUAAGUUUGACACUGAAAAAUAAAUUUUAUUGCCUAGACUGUCUUAGCAGAUUGCAGUCACCCUGUAAGUUCAUUAGUGAUUAACAGGAAUUGACUUGUCAUACAACAAUGUAGUAAAUAAUAGGGAGCAAAAGCUUACUGUCAACUGAAUGGAACUAUGGAGGUGAUUGUGUAAGGUUGUCACAAGAAAGGAACAUUUGAUUCAUAUGACAGAAGUUUCAGAAAGGUAUUUGUGACAGCUCUCAAAAUGGAGAUCCUGUUUGUGAUUGAUGGAUUAAAUGGGAACAGUCAUGAAAAAGAUGGAGGUCAACAUUCAGAAACAGAGGAAAACCCAGUAGAAGAAACGUAAGAGGUGACAGUGAGUUCUGAAGGAAAGGGUGUAACGACCUUGCUUGCAUUAAACAGUUUAGUAAUAAUGUACUUCAUUGUUAAUACAGUAUGAAUUACUGAUUCCAAUUCUAAAUCAAGCAAGAGAGUGCAAUGGUGGACACUGUCAGCAUUUGGUAGCAACAAAAGUUUCCAUACGUGUACUAUAUCAUUUGAGGUAAAUGACAGAUGGUUCCUUUGAAAAGAACGUGGCUGAUUUCUUUCC